AUGAGAUUCUUGAAAAAGUUCCCUUCAAUUCAUUUCCAGACAAAGGUGACCAGACUAUUUGCAAACAUGGAACAUUUCUGUGUCCAUUUCCGUACCCACCUCGAACCACCAAAAGCAAACCAGACCCUUCAAAGAUACCUCAAGUCCAAAUCCACCAUCAAGGCUCUUUUGUUUUUCAGGGACUUGAUGAGAGAAAACACUUCCUUAAUUGAUAGCUACUCUCUCCUGUUUGUCAUCAAAGCUUGUACCCAAAAAUCUUUAGCCCCUGAAGGAAAACAAAUUCAUGCUGUUGUUGUGAAAUUUGGCUGUGAACCCAUCAUUUUUCUCCAGUCAUCACUGGUCAAUAUGUAUUCUGCGACGGGUAAUCUCGGUGAUGCACAUUUUUUGUUCGACGAAAUGCCCAACAAGAAUGUUGUUUGUUGGACCGCAUUGAUAUUAGCUUAUGUAAACAACCAGAAACCAAACAAAGCUCUUGAGCUGUUCAGGCAGAUGCAGAUGGCUAAUGUGGAGCCUGAUCAAGUUACUGUCACGGUUGCUUUAACUGCAUGUGCUGAUCUUGGGGCAUUGGAUAUGGGAGAAUGGAUACAUGCUUAUAUUAGUCAGAGGAAAGAGCUUAAUACAGAUCUGUGCUUAAACAAUGCUCUCAUAAACAUGUAUGCGAAAUGUGGGGAUAUUGCGACUGCCAAGAGGUUGUUUCAUAAUAUAAAGAAGAAAGAUGUCACUACUUGGACAUCUAUGAUUGUGGGGCAUGCACUACAUGGACAAGCUGAAGCAGCACUUGAACUUUUUGCAGCCAUGAAAGGAGAAAACACUAGCAGGAUAAGAAGAAAGAGAAAAGGCGGUUCACGGGUUAAUUUAGUUGAUCCUAAUGAUGUUACCUUUAUUGGGGUUUUAAUGGCUUGUAGUCAUGCAGGGAUGGUAGAAGAAGGGAAGAGGCAUUUCAAAAGCAUGAUUGAGGAUUAUGGAUUGAAGCCUAGACUGCCUCACUUUGGCUGCAUGGUGGAUCUUUUAUGUCGAGCAGGCGAAUUGAAAGAAGUCUAUAAGUUCAUCUUGGGACUGCCGGUCCAACCUAAUUCAGUGGUGUGGAGGACGUUGCUAGGUGCGUGUAGUGUCCAUGGGAAUGUUGAACUUGCUGCAGAGGCUCGUCGCCAUCUGCUUGAAUCUGAGGAUAGCCUUGCUGGUGAUGAUGUUGUUAUGUCCAAUAUUUAUGCUUCAAGAGGCAUGUGGGAUGAGAAGGUAAUAAUCAGAGAUGAGAUAAAGCAGAGGAGGGAUCCUGGUUGCAGUUCAAUUGAGGUGGGAAGCUGCAUAUAUGAGUUUGUCAAUGCAGAUGAUGAUCAUCUCUUGGCAAAUGAGAUUUAUGUGGUUCUUAAUCAAUUAAUUAAACAUAUGAGAGGUUACAGUUAUGCUUUGAGAACUUUGGAGCCCUCGCAGUACUAG